UAGAUAGAACUCUAAGUUUACAAGACAAAAUUGUAAAAAUUAGAAACAAGUUACUUAGAACCCGACCUUAUAUGAGGAAAACACAGUUAGCCUAUGCCUACUAUCUAGGUAAACUAAUAGAAGAAAAUCCUCUAGAGCAAAGAAUGAUACGACGAGAAGUCUCUAUCUAUUAUUAUAAGGCUUCUAUCAGAGUCUAUAAUAUUUUGAAAGUUUUGGAAUUCAACAAAUCUUUCAAACCACCAAUACAAUACUUGCCAAGAUUAAUG